UUCUGUGUUUUCUUUGCUCCCAAGUCUAGCCGUAUAACCGAAUUAUAUUAUAUAUAUAUAUAUUAUAGAAGUCCUCGAAGAUUGUGGAUUUAUAUCUCUCUUAGAUUUCCCUUCUUCUGUGUUUUCUUCACCUUGUAAUGGAAACCCCUUAUAGUACAAAAGAAGGUGUCUACAUCCUCGGACCCACUGUCUAAGAUGUCCAGUUUCGCUCCGGGUAGUAGGCCCCACCAGGAUGCUCUACCGGGGUCAAGGACGCCGGCGAAUUUCGUAAUUAACCUCCGUUCGAGUAAUCAGACGCUGACGAGUUUAGAAUUACGGCAACUCGUGAGGAAAUUGCCGAAGCGCCCACAGAGCUCUUCUCUAUGCGACGGCGGUGGCGCGAAACUCUGUUACGAGCGGUGGCCGGAGACGCUGGAGGCCAUGGAGCAUUUGUGGCGAACCCGGCUCGCCGGAGAGCUUCUGUUCACGCCGGCGCUGAUAGGAAGUGUGGAGUUGGAGAAGCGGGUCAUGACGGUGUUUUAUCAGAGAGUUAGGGAGUUAAUGUACGGAGAGUUAGUUAAAAAUUCCGGGAAGAAGUUAACGGAAUUAACGGAGGAGGCAAAUGCCGUCACGGCUAAGCUUCAAAAGCCGAAUUCUUUAGGUGUUGCGAGUGAUUUGUUGAAGAGGAAAGAGGCUUUGUUGGUUGAGGUUGAGUUGAUAAGGGAAAGGAUCAAGGAGUUCAAGCAGGGAAUAAGGUGCGUGUGGUUUCAUCUUAAGGAUAUGGAUGACUCUGAGGAGAGUGUGAGUGUGUUGAAGCUCGAAGGAGAGUUCAAUUGGGACCGCUUACAUUAUCUAAUGAUGAGGGAAUGUAAAAGGCUCCAAGAUGGCUUGCCCAUUUUCUCUUUUCGCCAACAAAUUCUCAGGGAAAUUAGUUGUCACCAGGUCACUGUGUUGACUGGGGAGACGGGUUCUGGGAAGAGUACUCAAUUGGUUCAGUUCCUAGUGGAUUCUGGGAUUGGCGGAGAUGGUGCGCUAGUAUGCACCCAGCCCAGGAAACUGGCUGCCAUCUCUUUGGCAAGGAGGGUUAAAGUGGAAUGUGUUGGGUGUUAUGAGGAUAAUUCGAUUAUCUGUCACCCGUCAUAUUCAUCUAGUUCCGGGUUUGAUGCAAAGAUAGUCUUUAUGACAGACCAUUGCCUGCUGCAGCAUUACAUGAGUGACAACGAUUUGUCCAAGAUAUCGUGCAUUGUAGUUGAUGAAGCACAUGAAAGAAGCCUAAACACUGAUCUUCUUCUAGCAUUGAUAAAGGGUUUGCUUCAUCGGAGGCCUGAUAUGAGGCUCGUCGUUAUGUCUGCCACAGCUGAUGCAGAUCAGCUUUCGAAAUACUUCAUUGGGAGUGGAAAAUUUCAUGUGAUUGGCAGAAGUUUUCCGGUUGACAUCAAAUAUGUCCCGUGUGAAUCGGAAUGCUGUUCUGGGGUGGUUGCUCCUUAUGCUUCAAGUGUUGUCAAGAUGGCGCUUGACAUCCACAAUACCCACAAAGAUGGAGCAAUUCUUGCAUUCUUGACUUCGCAAAUGGAAGUCGAAUGGGCUUGUGAGAAUUUCCGGUCGCCCUCUACCAUUGCCUUGCCUUUGCAUGGGAAACUCUCCAAUGAAGAUCAGAAUCAAAUUUUUUUGGAUUUCCCAAGAAUGAGAAAGGUCAUAUUUGCUACAAAUGUUGCUGAGACAUCUUUGACAAUUCCCGGGGUCAAAUAUGUUGUUGAUUCUGGCUUGGUGAAGGAGAAAAGGUUUGAGCCUGGAAGCGGAAUGAAUGUAUUGAGGGUUUGCAAGACCAGUCAAAGUUCUGCAAAUCAACGAGCUGGGCGAGCUGGGAGAACUGAGCCUGGAAAGUGCUAUAGACUCUUCUCAGAAACUGAUUUUGAGAGUAUGCCUUGUCAUCAAGAACCUGAAAUUCACAAGGUUCAUCUUGGUAUUGCAUUGCUGAGGAUUCUUGCCUUUGGCAUAAAAGAUGUGGAGAAUUUUGAUUUUAUUGAUGCACCUAGCCCAAAAGCUAUCGAGACGACUAUCAAGAGUCUAAUUCAGUUAGGAGCCAUUGUUCAAAUUAACGAUGGUUAUGAAUUAACUGCAGAAGGACUACGUAUAGUGAAGUUGGGUAUUGAGCCUCGGCUUGGGAAAAUGCUCCUUGAUUGCUUCGAACAUCAAUUAGGUAAAGAGGGUCUUGCCCUCGCUGCUGUUAUGGCUAAUUACAGCAGCAUUUUCUGCAGAGUUGGCACUGAAGAAGAGAAACUAAAAUCUGAUUGCCAAAAGGUGCAAUUUUGCCAUCCCUUUGGUGACCUGUUCACUUUACUCUCUGUGUACAAGGAAUGGGAUGCUUUGCCUCGUGAAAAGAGAAAUAGAUGGUGCUGGAAUAAUAGUGUCAACGCCAAAACUAUGAGGAGAUGCCAGGAGACUGUGCAAGAAUUGGAAGCAUGCAUUCGGCAUGAACUGAGAGUUCUCGCUCCAAGUAUCUGGCACUGGAAUCCCCAAGUGCAUAGUGAACAUGAUGAUACAUUAAAACGUAUAAUUUUAGCAUCCCUUGCUGAGAAUGUGGCAAUGUACUCUGGUUAUGACCAGCUUGGCUAUGAGGUGGCACUCACCGGGAAGUAUUUCCAAUUGCAUCCUUCAUGUUCGUUGUUGAAUUUCUGUCAAAGACCGACAUGGAUAGUCUUUGGUGAAGUUUUGGUGGCAGCUAAAGAGUAUCUGGUUUGUGCUACCGCAUUUGACUUCAGCUUUCUAGCCACCCUUCAACCAGCUCCAUCGUUCGACUUUUUGAAGAUGGACACUCGAAGGCUGCAGAAGAAGGUUUUGACGGGGUUUGGAAGCCUAUUGCUGAAGAGGUUCUGCGGGAAAUCUAACUGUAGUCUCAAUCAUCUCGUUUCACAAAUCAGACUAUCAUGUAUGGAUGAACGCAUUGGCGUCGAGGUGAGGGUUGAUCAAAAUGAGAUUAUACUGAAUGCUUCUUCUGGAGACAUGGAGAAGGUUUUAGCGGCUGUGAAUGAAGUGUUGGAGCACAAGAGGAAUUUAUUGAAAAACGAAUGUUUGGAGAAAUGCUUGCACAAUGGAGGACCUGGUUCUUCAGCUUCUAUUGCUCUUUUCGGAGCUGGAGCUGAGAUAAAGCAUUUGGAGCUCGAGAAGAGAUGUUUGACUGUCGACAUAUUUCAGUCAACUGGAACUGCAGUUGAUGAUAAGGAGUUGGUGAUGUAUCUGGAGAGGAACUGUGGCGACAUAUGUGCAAUCUUCAAGUUCUCGGGCAUAAGCCAAGAGAGCGAGGAGCUGGAAAAAUGGGGCAGGGUAACAUUUCUCACCCCCGAUGCUGCUAAUCUAGCUACUGCGUUAAAUUUGGUCGAAUUUAAUGGUGGGUUACUGAAAAUAGUUCCUUCCAAGGUAAUGUAUGGUGGCGAUAAAAGAAUGCUCUCAUUUCCUUUGCUCAGAGCCAAAGUUUAUUGGCCUCGUCGGGGCAGUAGAGGGAAAGCUGUUCUGAGAUGCGACCCUAACGAUGUUUCUCUCAUUGUUGAUGACCUUUCUGAUCUAGAAAUAGGAGGAAGAUUCGUUCGGUGUGAGCCAAGCACAAGUUUCCCCGACCGAGUGGUUAUUACUGGUAUUGAUAAGGACAUUUCUGAAACUGAGAUCUCCGAGGCUGUAAAUGAACUAACAGAUAGAAACAUCCUCAGUUUGUUCCUCGUCAGAGGAAAUCCAGUAGAAAAUCCUUCACUCGUUGCUUGUGAGGAAGCGCUGUUGAGAGAAAUAUCCUCCUUGAUGCCUAAGAGGACUCAUCUUUCUGCACAGGUCUUCCAACCUGAACCUAAUGAUAGUUACAUGAGAGCUAUAAUCACAUUUGAUGGAAAUCUCCAUCUCGAAGCUGCAAAGGCAUUAGAAGAACUGGAUGGGAAGGUGUUGCUUGGAUUUCUUCCAUGGCAGAAGAUAAAAUGCCAGCAGAUAUUCCAAAGCAGCGUGUCUUGUCCCGCAGCAGCCUAUCAUGUGAUCGAGACGGAGUUGCAUCAUUUACUAGAAAGACUCAAGAAUCAUAAAGGUGUUGAAUGCCGUCUUGAGCAAAACGAGAAUGGUCCCUAUAGGGUUAAGAUAUCUGCAAAUGCUACAAAAACAGUUGCAGAAGUGAGAAAACCUUUGGAGGAGCUUAUGAAAGGGAAGGCGAUAGAUCACGAGGGCGUUACUGCAACAGUUCUGCAACUUCUGUUUUCUUGGGAAGGCAUCAAUCUUAUGAGGUCGAUUCAACGGGAGACGGGAACCUAUAUUAUGUUUGACAGGCAUAACCUAGUUGUGAGAAUCUUUGGUUCUUUGAACAGGGUUGAUAUGGCAGAGCAGAAAUUUGUUAGCUCACUUCUUGCAUUGCAUGAGAACAAGCAACUUGUAGUGCGUCUUCGAGGUGAAGCUUUGCCUCCUGAUUUGAUGAAGAGAGUGGUUGAUAUGUUUGGACCGGACCUGAAAGGGCUCAAAGAGAUGUUUCCUGAUGGGGACUUUUACCUAAAUACCCGACGCCAUUGCAUUCAUGUCAGAGGAGGUACUAAAGACCUGUGCCAAAGAGUUGAGGAUGCAAUAUACGAGCUUGCCCGGGCUAGUGGCUCACAUAUUGAAAGGAACGACGAUGAGGCAAGCUGCCCGAUUUGCUUGUGUGAAUUGGAGGAGGAACGUUACAAGCUUGAAAGCUGUCUCCACGUCUUCUGUCGAUCGUGCUUGUUGGAGCAGUGCGAGUCUGCAAUCAGAAGCAGUGAUGGCUUCCCAUUGCGCUGUUUGCACAAUGGCUGCAAUGCUCCUAUCCUUAUCACAGACAUAAAGUCUUUGUUGCAAGUCGAGAAGCUGGACGAGCUUUUCAGGGCGUCGGUGUCAGCUUUCGUGGCAAGCAACGCCUCGUACAGGUUCUGCCCCUCACCCGACUGCCCUUCAGUUUACCACAUCGCACAUCCUGACUCCUCGGGGUCGGCAUUCAUGUGUGGAGUGUGCUACUCGGAGACAUGCACUAGAUGCCACCAAGAGUACCACCCCUACCUCUCGUGCGAAAACUACAAGGAGUUCAAAAACGAUCCAGACCUGUCCUUGAAGGCCUGGGCGGAGGGGAGGGAGAACGUGAAGGUGUGCCCGGUGUGUAAGAGCACCAUCGAGAAGGUGGAUGGGUGCAACCACAUCGAAUGCCGGUGUGGGAAACAUGUUUGCUGGGUUUGCUUGGAGUUCUAUGAAACCAGUGAUGAAUGCUAUAACCAUUUGAGGUCUGUUCAUUUCAGCAUUGUAUAGUAUAGUUAGCUCUCUGUAAAUCUCUUGUCUAUUAGUCUAUAUCUAUACAAUUCCAAUUAUACACCACUCCCCUGUAGCUAAGCUGUAGGGGAAAUCAGAAUGCAAUUUAUAUCAUCAAGGAGUUCAAAAACAAUUA